CCGUGUUUCCGUACGGUACAUUUUUCCGAGCAUAUCUCAUGGUUAGUGUGGUGGUGACCUUUUCUGUCCAGCAUCGUUUCGGACUGUUGAGCCGGUUUUCAGACGUGCAGUAGAUUAAAAACCAAACUCGGUGUUCUGAAAAUGGCUCUACAUAAAAUCUGGAUGAAUGGCAGUAGUGUGUUCAGGUGUCUUCAAGAAGUGGCCUCGCAAAGAUGUUUAGUUGCUGUAUCAUCAUUUCACACCACACCAGCUCAGUCAAACUCCAACAGAACCUCAGUGGUGCGCUGUAGCAGGCAGAGAUAUGAACGCAUGUACCCAGUCUUGUUGGUGCGUCCAGAUGGGUCCACCAUCAACAUCAGAUACAGGGAGCCUAAAAGAAUAGUAACGAUGCCCGUGGAUAUUACCACUCUCUCAGAGGAGGAGAGGAAGGUCAGAAUGCGGAAGAGGGGUCCUAAAAAGACAAUGGUUAAAGCAAAGAAGGAUGAGUUUGAGGAUGACUUCAAAGUGGACGACUACAGCAAGUUCUGGAAGAAAACGUAAAUGGACUGAGGCUCACUUUAUUCAGCUUAUUUAUACUGUUUCACAUGUACAGAGCACAUUUACACUGCUGUUGGUUUUGUGUCAUUAAAGGUUUCUGAAAUCUAA